UCGGGCCACACUUUGGCAUGUGACACCGGCUCAGCAAGUUCCCGGGUUUCAAGGUUCCGUUCUGAUGGUGAACUUGCUGACGCUACGCGGGAACUCACGACUGGACGACGAUUUGCCGCUUGCUCUCCUCGUGUGUUGACAAGUGUUUAAAAUUAUGGAGAACGAGUUAUUGUGGCCCAGGAGUGUUAUCAGAUAUUUGUGCGAACUGGUAGAAGGGCACAGAUUCCUCUGGGACCCACAAAAUGUGGACUAUCCCAAGCAUAAACUCAGAUUGAAAGUGUUUGGUGAGAUAGCCCAGGAAAUCAAGGCUCAAUACCCAGCGAUGACCACUUUGACUGCAGAUCAAGUUCGUGCUAAAUUUAAGAAGCUGAAGGCAUACUUUCUGCGAGAGCACAAAAAGAUACAGUCAGCACCAAGUGGCUCAGCAGGCAAGGCACCUACAAAAUGGGAAUAUUACGACUGCCUUGCAUUCCUAAGUCCAAGUGAGGAGCUCACAACAGAGGCAAGCUAUUUUAUAGUGUGCUUCAAAACUCUGAUUGGGGUGAUAAUGGAACCUUCAUUACCCAUGCCAGAAUUUCCACCUGAAGAGUCAUCCAUCUAUUUAGUUGAAGAAGCCAGUAUAUGUGAGGGACUUGAGGAAACUGGUUUUGAAACGGACCAGAUCAGUCAUUCCACUGAACAAGCCAAACAGGUGACUGCAAAUGAUCUUGCUGAUGCCUUGAGGACAUUCAGUAAGAAACACAACCCUGGGUCACUUACAAGUUCAGCUUCAUCAUCCCUUCUGACAACUCCAUCAUCAUCUAGUCCAGUUUUGUCAGCAGCUGAAGGCCAGCCUAGGUGUUUGUCUUCGAAUGCCAUGAAGAGGAAACGAGCCAAGGCAUAUGAUUCAGCACUAGAAGUUGCAUUACAAAUGAGUGCGCAAGAACCACCGACCCCUUCAUUCUCCAAGUGUGCUGGGUCAAUGAUUGAAAAUAUCAUAAAUCUAGUUCCAUCACACAUGCAGUAUGAACUUAGUUUUGCUAUUUUGAAUAGUGCUCAAAAGGUAUAUGAGGAUUUUGUAAAAAAAAAAAAUUUGUAAUAACAUUUUUUAGCAUUUGUACAUUUAUAACAUUUUCUGUCAUUAUUGCAUUCAGCUGAUAUUUUUGGUUAAGUAAAAUAAGUCCAUAA